CUAGCGCCGCCGCCUCCACCACCUCCUCCUUCAGCGUCUCUGCCCCCUUCCCUCCCCCCAGCCACCUACCUCCCCCAGCAGCCGGGACAAUAGAGCAGGGAGAUGUCCUCCUCCGGCGGCCACCAGCACAGCCAGAGCCGGGCCAUCCCCACCAGGACGGUGCCCAUCAGCGAUGCCACGCAGCUACCUCAUGACUAUUGCACCACGCCCGGGGGGACCCUGUUUUCUACCACUCCUGGAGGUACCCGAAUCAUCUAUGACCGUAAGUUUCUGUUAGAUCGCCGCAAUUCCCCCAUGGCUCAAACCCCACCAUGCCAUCUCCCAAAUAUUCCAGGAGUCACCAGUCCUGGUACCAUGGUCGAGGAUUCCAAAGUGGAAAUAAACAAUCUGAACAAUCAUGACAGGAAGACUGCAAUGGGGGAUGAUGCUCAGUUUGAGAUGGACAUCUGAUUACCCCAGAGCAUAACCAUGGAGAGGCAGCAAUUCCCUGAUACCUGUGCAUAGUCGAUUCUGCUAAUCGGAUCAGUAACUGAAAGGUGGCAGAGGCGGUGGUCGCAGCAGUCUCCAUCAGACUUCCCACUUCAUCUUGCAAGUGCCAAAGGAUAAGAAUCUAGCUCUCCAGUCCUGCUCCCUUCCCCACUUUUUAACUCCCAUCUCCCUGCUCUGUGACUGAAUGGAUGCCCUUGUCAGAUUAUACAGAGCUGAGGAACACUCCGAGUGGAACCUUGGCAUCUCGCACUUUAGAGGCACCCUGUCAAACCAUACACAAGUGAGAACGUACCUCCAUCACCAGUUGGAUAUUUAUUGCAAACAGCAAAGGGGCCAGGGACUGGUGGAUUUAUGCUAAGUGGAGAUGGCUUUUUCUGUGUUCCCCUCCCUUCACCUGAUCCCAGCUCACAAAGGGCUUAUGUUUGCACAGCAAGUAACCAGUUGUAAUAUGGAGUCUCCAAUACUUUCAAUCACUCGCAUUUUAGAAACCGCAAGGAAUAGUGGGAGAACAGAUAAGAGUCUCUGCUCAGUCUGAGUUCGUUUUCCUCAGUGGGCAGAGCACUCACUUGAGUAACUCUGGGGGAACCUGGGUACUAGUCCCACUUGUCACCUUUCUCCAUGACUGUGUGCCCUGCAAUGUAACAUGUUCUCUCUUCUGGAGACGCAUAACCUUAAUUCAUUUGCUCUUGUACCUCCUUGGUUUCCAACCCUCUGACAAACUUCUUUUUGAUAAUACUUCUUAAUGUUAUGUGUAUUUAGAGGAAGCUGUCAGUUCAUUAUACUGCUGAUUCCUCUUCCUUUCUUUCCAUCCCAAAGGAAUGCCAUCCAAAACUUCUCACUUUCAGAAACUUAACCCUUUGUUCCCUGAGUACUUUGAAUGCUAAAUCAAAUGCUAAAUCAAAACUUUUUUUCCCUAGGAUAUGGGGGAGGGGUAUCUUAUAUUAUCCUCAGGACUUCCUCCAUUUUUGCCCUUUUGCCUUUUGUUAGUUUCUUCUGAUUUUUUGCUGGUCUCACUAUAGACUGUUAUAUUGAAGGUACUGCAGUAAUGGUUAAUUUCCAACAUCCCCCAUCUCUCUUGCAUUAGGGGAAGUGUUUUUCCCCACUAAUAGUUUUAAUUAAUACACUUGUUAAAUGUUUAUCAUUUCAAUUUUAAGACUUCCCAUCAGAAGGGAAAAAGUGAAUGUCAAUAAGCACUCUCUGAGGAACAGUGGGCCUGCUUCUCAUCUUAUACCAUCCUUCCAUCCAUAGUUCAUUGUGCUCCUUUCAAUCACUGGCUCUAUUACUUUUCCUCCAAGAUCCUUUGUUGUUAACUUUUAUGUUCACUGCUGGCGUGUAUAUUGGCUGAUUUGUAAAAUUGAACAUUUGCCUGUA